AAAGAAGGACCCAAGUUCAUCGCCACCAUCCGACUACACAUAAUCAUCAGCAAAAAAUGUACAGACAGCGCGCCUCCUGGCAACAUUGCCAGCCCAACGUCCCGCUCCCUCGGAAUGCCGUCUUAGCUGGCCACGAUUCGGACGGCUCACCGCUCUUCGUUGGACGGGCGAUCCACGAGGGUGGUCAGCUGCCAGGGAAAAUUGUAGCAAACAGGCAUAUCGCCUAUGUUUGCUGCAAUGGCAAAGAGCACGAGAAACCGUUGUUUGAGGUGCUAUGCGGCGGCAACGUUUCCUGGCAGCAGUCGGGAUUUGGCCAAGUACCACCGAAUGCUGUUCUCGGGGGACGUACCUCUGGUGGAGAACCCCUGUACAUUGGUCGAGCCCAUCAUAACGGUAGCCUAACACCGGGAAAAGUUCACCCAAGUCACAGUGCGCUCUACAUUCCGUACGGUGGUUCGGAACUCAAUAUGAAAAAUUACGAAAUUCUCGUAGAAAAGUGA